UGCGGCUUGGAUGAUACAUGUGUUUUUUGCUCUCGCUGUUUUCAUGCAACGGACCAUGACGGCCAUGAUGUUCUAUUUUCGGUGAGCCCUGGCUCAGGCGGCUGCUGUGAUUGCGGUGACCGGGAAGCAUGGAAGGUCCCGUUGCAAUGCAAG